AUGCGUAUGUACAUGGAAGGCAAGGACGGAAGCAUGUUUCCGUCUUCAUCAUCAUCCGCGCCUGGUCCAACUUUUUGGUUUCACAGCUGCCACGGCCAAGACGCCCGACAGCUUGCGCCGGUAAUUGUCAACAGAUCUGGCUCUGCUACUGUGGCGGAGGCCUUCGCAGCUGAAGCAGAAGCUCCGGAUGCGCUGGGGCUGCGGUGUAACGUCGAAGGUCUAGCCUUAGUCGCAGAAGACGCAGGUGAAGAAUCAGCAACCGUAGUUCCUUCACUCCUAAUGGUCGAAGUGAGCUGGUGUUCGUUCCGAACUGCGUCGGAUCCAGACAUGGCCUUGAUAGCACUGGUGCCGCCAACGCCUGGCUGCGGCAUCAGAGGUACUUCAAUUGCCGGGCUGGCGCAAGCCACAGCAGGUUGGUUCAUAAUUGUACAGGGCUGUGCUGCUCAUGAUUUCGUUGAUAUGCUCAGUGUACGAGGCUGUCUUCGGACAGACUUCGACAAGUCUUUUUCAAUGGCACAUGACGGUGAUUGUGUUAUAGGGGAAGGAGCGUAUGCUACGGUGUACCACAUGAAGGCUCCUUCAGGCCGCGAGGUCGCAGUGAAGCAGAUGAACCACACUUCAGAUCUGGAGUCGAUAGAGCGCGAGGUUGCUGCGCUCGUCCAGCUGCAGGGUGAUAACAUCAUUGGCUUCCGAGGGGUGUUUUGGAAAACAGAGACGGAACAAAUCCGAUUCUACAACAUUUUUGACUUGGCACCUGGCGGUGAUCUGCUGUAUAAGGUGCUCAAGUCGGGUGGGAUGACUGAGGCAGCUGCCAGACCUUUGUUCAUAGGCAUCCUUCGCGGUUUGAAACACAUACAUGAUCAUGACAUUGUUCACAGAGACGUCAAGACUGAGAACAUUUUACUGCAAUCUGGUGGCGUUCCCAUGCUGGCUGACUUCGGGUUAGCUUGCAAAAUCACAGAUGAGCAGCAGAUGUCCAGACGAUGCGGUUCUGCAGGGUUCGUGGCACCGGAAGUCUGCUUGGGUACGCCAUACGAUUGCAAAGUAGACAACUUUGGAGCUGGUGUCAUACUUUAUUUCAUGCUGAGCCGGGAGAUGCCCUUCAGCAGUCCAGAUCGGGACUCUGCUGCGACAAUGCGAAAAACUGUUAAGUGUAGCUUGCACCUUCAGCGGCCUCCCUUUGAUUCCAUGACCAGUCGCUUGCGAAACAUUCUCAGGCAGUUGAUAUGCAAGAGCCAAGAAGACAGACUAACAGCGGCAUCUGCAUUGGAGCACUCCUGGAUUGCUGGGAAGUCCGACAAGUCUGGCAGCAGCUCUUCAAGCAAAAAGAAGGAAAAGGUAAUGGGGGAAGUUCCUGUGCCUUUGGAUCCUUCUCCAGAAGAGCCCACGCUUGCUGAUGCUAGCGAAGCUCAGCAAGGGCAUCCUGCUGCCCCAGGAGGUCCACAAAAUGACGUGCUGUAG